AUGAUGCCCGGAUGCGGGGAUGGUGGACAGGGAUUGGCGCAGCAGACAAGAUACUACGAUGGGCGCUGCGGAGUGCCGGGCGAGUACUGCCAGAUGAAUGCCAAAUUCUUCCAUAAUACUACUCUUCAUCCGCUCGUCGAGAGAUUCUGCGUGAAAGGGACUGAUCCGACAUGUACGAUUGACCACCACGAUGACGGUUUUUUGAUCGGUUGCGGUUGCGAGGGCCGACUGUGCAACUCCUGGAACGCGACGACACUCAGGGAGAUGGCGGAAGCUUACCGAGGCCCCGCCCUGAACCUGACAGCCACCGUCUUCACCGCAUCCACGGCAUCCAUCCCCUCCAGCUUUGCCAUCUUCCUCUUCCUCGGCUUCCUCAACGCAUUCAGU